AUGAAAUCUUUGAGUAGAGUAGGGCUUGGUUUGAGUGUUGUUUUGGGGUGUUUAUUACUGGCCCUUAUUGCUGAGCUUUACUAUUUGUUAUGGUGGAAAAAGAAGAUCACAGAAAGUGGUAACGACGAAGAAGAAGAUAGUUGCCACAGUGGUACGGGAAGAGAGUUGUUGUGUUGCAAAAAGGCGUCAUCGAGUACUAAUGCUCAACAAUUGUGUACCUCUAAUACUCUCGUCCAUGAACCACAACCUCAUCGUCACCUUCAUGUCUAUUCAAAUCUCAAGCCAUUCGGAGAAGAUUUAUCAGGCGUGGAGGCUGAAAUCAGGAUGCUGCAGCAGAAUUUUUCCGGCCCACCAAGAUUUCUCUUCACUAUAACAGAAGAAACGAGGGAGGAAAUGGAGUCCGAAGACGACAGGAAGAGCGCGAAGAAAUCGAGAAGUAGGAGUUUGAGUGAUUUAGUUGAGAUUGUUGAAACUCCAUUCUUAACUCCUUUAGCUAAUUCGCCUCCAUAUUUCACUCCUCCUUUGACUCCUAAACAUAAUCAAAAGCAGGGUUUUAAUCCGUUCUGUGAAUUAGCAAGUGAUGCAGCGUUUAAUAGUUGUUUAAGGUCUUCUUCACCACCUCCAAAGUUCCAAUUCUUGAAGGAUGCUGAGUACAAGCUUCAGAGGAAACAACUAAAUAUGAAUGAUGAAUCUGUUCAACUUGAAGUCCCUUCAACUUCAAUGUUCAUAAAAGACGAGGAAAAUGGGUCAUUCAUCACACUCAUUGUAGCUCAAAACAAACAAGAAGAAGAGACUAAUGGAGUUAACAAUUCAAGCACUAGUUCACAGGUUUUUUCUCUACCUUCUUCCUCUCUAAACUUCAAAUUACCAUCCGACAGGCGGCCGAUGCAUCAGAAGCUCAAUCAAAACUGA